AUCAUGAGUUACAAAAUAGAAUAAAUAUAAUGCCCAGUUUUGAUUCUACUAUUCUUGCUAAUCUUCAACAAAUGUUGCAUAAUAUUAAUCUAUAUGCUAAUAUGUUUCAUCAAGUUGAAUACUUUCUAAAUUGUGAUCUAUUAUUAGAUUUAAAAUUAGUAAUUACAAAUAAUAGAACUAAAGAUCCUCACCAUUAUAAUACUCCAAGUGCAUCUGAAGUUGCUAUUAUUAUAAUAAGAAAUAGACAAGAAGCAGAACCAUUAAACUAA